AUGGCGGACUUUGUGCCUCCUUCUGGACCGCCACCCCCGCAGGUGCCCGAAGGCUGGAAAGCCAUCUUCAACGACCAAUAUCAAACAUGGUUCUACGUCAACGUACACACCAAGAAAUCGACAUGGGACAAGCCCACCGGACCUGCCCCUCGACCCGACGACGAUGCACCUCCGGGCGGCCCUCCUCCAUCCUACUCUGCCGGGCCCGGUAGUCACGACGUGUCCGACGUCAAGCGUCGUUCUUUCGAGUCGAACAACCCCUACAACAAGCAGCAACAGCAGCACGGCGGCCACGAGUCGGACGAGGAACUGGCAAGGCGUCUGCAGGCCGAAGAGGACGGCCGUCGCGAUCGAGGCCAGGCCGAAAGCUACUACAAUUCGGGCGGCGGCGCCGGCGGCGGUCCCAGCCCGAACCCUCCGGGUCUACAGGGCGGGUACCCGGGAGGCCCCAGUCCCACGUCGCCGGGGGCAGGCUCGAAUGGCAAGAGAGGAUUGUUUUCGAAGUUGUUGGGCAAACAAGGCGGAGGAGGGUCGAAUUCACCUUACCCCCAGCAAGCACCGCCCGGAAGUCCCUACCCUCCCCAACCCGCCGGUUAUCAGCAAGGUUACCCGCCUCAAGGGCCGGGCUACGGCCCUCCAGGAGGAGGCUACGGCGGAGGUUACGGCGGAGGCUACGGAGGACCACCCAUGGGCCCGGGAGGAUACGGCGGCGGCGGCUACGGACCACCGGGCGGAGGGUACGGCUACGGCCAGCCGCAGUACAUUCAACAACAGGCCCCGCCUAGGAGGGGAGGUGGCCUCGGUGCAGGUGGUGCUGCUGCGCUCGGUGUGGGCGGUGGUCUGUUGGGUGGCAUGCUCCUCGGCGAGGCCAUCGACGGUGGCGACGGUGGCGACGGGGGUGGCGAUUAUGGUGGUGACGACGGCGGUGACGGUGGCGGUGACUUCUAA